AUGCCUUCAGAUCGCCAUCGAGCUCGUGAAUCGAGCAAAGACGAAGAUCAGUAUAUUAUUCUUGUCAAGGAUAUCCCUCGUCAUUGCCGUUGGCAAGAACUCAAGGAUAUGACUCGAAAUCUGGGAGGUGAACAAAGUCUGAAGGCUGAAGUUUUCGAACUUUGCGAUGGAAGUCAAAUGGGACAUUGUACCAUCAAGGGAAGAAAUGCUGCAAAUCAAGUCUAUGAAAAGUUCUGCAAGCAGGGUUGGAACGGUCAGCGCGUUUGUGUCUCUCUGGUGGCCCUUGAGAAACCAGGGGUUUUGAGAACUCUCGAAGGUCCUAGGGAUAGUCUCGGUACCGGAACGUCUGCUUAUGCCUGUGCUCAAACACCCUCCACUCAUCCCGGUCCAACACACCAUCUACAUCCACUGUAUACCACCCAUCACCCGUCAGACACAGCGAGUUACCAUCCCCAUUUCAAUCCGAUGGCUUCGUGCCCUACACGUCCUGGAUUGCCUUCACCCACUUCGGCCAGAAGUGUGCCUCCAUUGUAUCCUCCCGAUGCCUGUGGUAUUCCACCUCCAUAUCAGACUUCAACAUACCCUGCACCGACCGUGGCUGCAACAUACGCAUCUUCGACUUCAAUUCCAUGUCAAUCCAGCAACAGAUGGCCAUCCAAAACCCGGCAAAGUACAAUCAACUCCGGUCUAACCGAACUCAGCUCUACUACGACAUUGACGAAGCCCCCUUCUGUUUCAAAUGAGACCAAGAGACAAAUCUAUGAAUCUAAAGCAGCAGCCGCUCUAAAACAAAAGAAGGUAACCAUAACCAAAGAACCGAAGGAUCCUGCUCUCACUCGUAGUUCUACACGUCCACCAUCAUCGGCAACGGCAGCACCGGCAGCAACAAGCAAACAACUUGCAAAGGACCACGAUCGAGUCAACAAAAAUGGCAGGACUAGCGCCACGACCAGUACGGGCGGCGCGAGAUCGUCCACAAGCCGACCUCUCGUCGUCAACGGCGCGACAGGUAGUAGAAGCCGUCGAGGAAAUAGAAGUCGAGAUGAGAGAAAGUGCGCUGCCGGCCAUAACGACGGGGACAGUUCUCAGGACGAGACAAAGGAGUCUUCUUCCGAUGAGAGCUCGUCGGAUGAAGAUGAUAGUGGGGACCAAAAUGAGCAUGGACGAGUCGAAAAGUAA